AUGUUUUGGUUUUUGCAUUUCGACCUGGCCAAGUCUCCAAUUUACCAGGAGAUCUUGUCCAAUGUUCAAGAUGGAACUUUACUACUCGACCUGGGCUGUGGCUUGGGUCAGGACAUUCGUCGCCUUGUGUAUGACGGUGCUCCCCAGGACAAUAUCAUUGGACUUGAUCUCCACAGGGGGUUUAUCGACCUCGGCUUCGAGCUUUUCAAUGACCGGAACACCUUGCGCUCGGCGUUCGUUGUCCAGGAUUUCUUUGAAAGAUCUCAGAUUCCACAAUCUCAGGCAUCUCGCAUCAGAAUUAUCAAUUCCGGCUAUUUUAUGCACCUCUGGGACUGGGAUGGGCAAAUAAAAGUGGCCAAACACAUGAUAAGCCUUCUGUCCCUUGAAGAGGACGGGAUAGUGACUGGCAUGCACUUUGGCAGUAAGCAAACGGGGGUCUGGGAAAAGGUCCCAGCUGAUAAUGAUCCCAUAUUCUUACACGACCCGGUGUCAUUUAAGAGUCUUUGGCAACAAGUGGGAAGUGAAACGGAAACCAAGCUGGAUGUCUGGUCAUCGAUAGAGCAAGAUGAAGACCAUAUGAGAUUGGAUCCCAAUGGCCUGCGUCUUCGUUGGUACGUGAGAGUAUUUAGACAUUAA